AAUAUUCCCUGUAACUCGCAUUCUUGGAGUCUGGAGCCACUUUCACCAAAGUGUGGACACCCUAUUCAAGUCUUACCUUUGCGCGAGACACUCAGAGCGCACGAGCUCGUCUAACCCACCUGGGUCACCACCGCGCGAGCAGCCUUUCUCCUCAGGCUCGUGCAGCUCGGGUUUGUGGAGUUGGGACCACUAAACAUCUCCGUCCGAAAGGGAAACGAGGAGAGGGGAGACGGAAGGGAGGCAGGAAUCACAGACAAGCCGAGCUGGACACACGUUAUUUAACGUUAUUUUUGGGCGCCAAGCAAAGUAACGUUAACCGGAUAAAUGUAAACACCAUUUUUUAUCCUUCCUUUAGGCAUGUUUCCUCUGCCGGAGAGGCUUGUUGUUUAGACUGUGUUGUGGAAAGAGGGAUAUCCCGACUGCUGUGUUGAAUCAUCUCCCUUUCUUUAUUGUUUGCUGUAGAAAUUACGGGAAGUUCUUGUUUCUAACUUCCGAGGAAACGUUAAAUGCAAAUACGGUGGGUGACUCCUGCUCUGGUUCAACAACUACACAGACUUGAGAGGCUGUUUUGUCCACAUUGUGUAGCAGCCUGUGCUGUUUGGUUCACUGAAAUGUGAGACACCAGUGAAGUCGCUACAUGACAAACCGCUGCACCCAGCUGUUUCAUUAGCCACCGCUGUAACCUCUCCAUUCACGCCUUUUUGGAUCGGAUAUGCGAAGCAAACUUUUUAAGAAUGAAGAGGAGAAAAUUCCCAUAGCACGCCUCUGUUGUCUGCUUACACCGCCGCCGUCCUCUCAACUGGAUCUGUGUUUUUAUUUGAGUCUUUUCCAGGGCUUCAUUUCCAUGUUGUGGAGACAGGAGAGCUGACAUGCGUCUGGGAUGGGGAUAUAGCGCGGUGACAUACAGUUGCGAAAUUGCCUGAUUAUCGAGCUGAUAGUGAAUGAUUAAGACUUCCGGAGCAGGUAGGGAACCGACCGUAGUGCCUGUGUGUGCGCUGUGAAGCCAGCCCGGUGUGAAGCAGCUCGAGGACUCGGUUUUACUUUUGCGAGGAGAGUCUCCGGAGCCGAUAUGGAGGAGUGGAGACAAUGCGGGCGGUGGUUGAUAGACUGCAAGGUCCUGCCCCCGAACCACCGGGUCGUGUGGCCCUCGGCGGCCGUCUUCGACUUGGCACAGGCCCUGCGAGACGGGGUGCUCCUGUGCCAGAUGUUGCACAACCUCUCGCCCGGAUCAGUGGACCUGAAGGAGAUUAACUUCAGACCCCAGAUGUCACAGUUCCUGUGUUUGAAGAACAUCCGGACAUUCCUCAAGGUGUGCCAUGACAAGUUUGGCCUGCGCAACAGUGAGCUGUUUGACCCUUUUGACCUCUUCGAUGUCAGGGACUUCGGCAAGGUGAUCUCCGCUUUGUCAAGGAUCUCCCACCACAGCAUUGCACAAAUCAAAGGCAUCAGGCCCUUCCCAUCAGAAGACACAGCUCUGAACGAGGAUGAUGUGUACCGGAGUCUCGAGGAGCUCGCAGAUGAGCAUGACCUGGGUGAGGAUGACAUCUAUGACUGUGUGCCGUGUGAGGACGAUGGGGAUGAUAUCUAUGAGGACAUCAUUAAGGUGGAAGUACGACAGCCCAUGAUCAGAUACAUGCAGAAAAUGGGUAUGUCAGAAGAUGACAAAAGAAACUGCUGCUUAGUGGAGAUCCAGGAGACUGAAGCAAAGUACUACAAGACUUUAGAGGACAUUGAAAAGAAUUACAUGAUCCCACUGAAGCAAGUCUUGAGUCCGCAGGACAUGGAGGCUAUCUUUGUCAAUCUUGAGGAAGUAAUAAAAGUCCACUUUGCCCUCCUGCGAGCCAUCGACCUGAACAUGGUUAGUGGAGGAAGUGGCCUGGGGAAGAUCUUCCUCGACUUCAAGGAAAGGUUGUUGAUCUAUGGUCAGUACUGCAGCCACAUGGAAAACGCCCAGAAGACACUGGAUGAGCUCAUAGCAACGCGAGAGGACGUCAAGAUCAAAGUAGAGGAAUGUACUAUGAAGGUGCAGGAAGGGAAGUUCAAGCUGCAGGAUCUUCUGGUGGUUCCCAUGCAGAGGGUGCUGAAGUAUCACCUACUACUGAAGGAACUUUUGAGUCACUCAGCGGACCGACCAGAGAGACAACAACUCAAGGAGGCUCUGGAGGCUAUGCAGGACCUGGCCAUGUACAUCAAUGAAGUCAAGAGGGACAAUGAGACGCUGAAGAAAAUCAGUGAAUUCCAAAGUUCAAUAGAAAAUCUUCAGCAGGUGAAACUGGAGGAGUACGGUAGGCCAAAGAUAGACGGAGAGCUGAAGGUGUGCUCCAUCGUCAACCGAACGAAACAGGACCGGUAUAUAUUCCUGUUUGAUAAAGUGGUGAUUGUCUGCAAGAGGAAAGGCUAUAGCUAUGAGCUCAAAGAGAUUAUAGAACUGCAGUCGUACAAAAUGUCCGACGACCCCAUGAACAACAGAGACAUGAAAAAGUCAAGUGGAAAAAUGUGGUCGUAUGGCUUCUACCUGAUCCACCUGCAAGGCAAGCAGGGCUUCCAGUUCUUUUGUAAAACUGAGGAGACAAAGAGGAAGUGGAUGGAGCAGUUUGAAAUGGCCAUGUCCAACAUCAAGCCAGAGAGAGCCACAGCCAAUCAGCAUAACUUCCAAAUGCACACAUUUGAUAAGGACACCAACUGUCGAGCCUGCAAGAUGCUCCUGAGGGGCAUCUUCUAUCAGGGCUAUUUCUGCUCUCGCUGUGGAACAGGAGCACACAAAGAGUGUCUGGAAGUCAUCACCAUCUGUAAAAUCAAUCCUCAUGACUUGGAGCCUGGAAUAUCAUCAGGUCCCAAGAUGGUGGCAGUGAGGAACUACCAUGGCACACCGGCACCUCCAGGGAAGACACCGCUCUGUUUUCAAACUGGGGAUUUUAUUGAGCUGCUGAAGGGUGACCCUGACACCUCAUGGUGGGAGGGAAAGCUGAUACAAACACAAAAGAGCGGCUUCUUUCCCAGUUCAUGUGUAAAACCAUGUUUGGACCCAAAGCCCUUCCAGUCGUUAUCAAGCCGGCAGUCCUCGAGAGAAUCAGACUACUAUGGAUAUCCUUGGUUUGCAGGGAACAUGGAGCGCCAGCAGGCCGAUAACCUUUUAAAAUCCCACAGCAGUGGGACCUACCUUAUCAGAGAGAGGACAGCUGAGGCAGAGCGGUUUGCCAUCAGCAUCAAAUUCAAUGAUGAAGUAAAACACAUCAAAGUCAUUGAAAAAGACAGCUGGAUUCACAUCACUGAGGCCAAGAAGUUUGAGAGUCUUUUGGAGCUGGUGGAGUACUAUCAGGCCCAUUCACUGAAAGAAAGCUUCAAGUUGUUAGAUACCACAUUGCGAUACCCCUACAAGUCGAGAGAACGCUCGCUAACACGGGCCAGUACACGCUCACCAGCAGCCACCUGCGCCUCCUACAACUUCUCCUUCCUCAGUCCGCAGGGCCUCAACUUCUCCUCUCAGAGCUCAGCUCCCUUUUGGUCAGUGUUUACGCCUCGGGUGGUCAGUACAGCAGUGGCCAGGUAUAACUUUGCAGCACGAGACAUGAGAGAGCUGUCACUGCGAGAAGGAGACAUCGUUAAAAUCUACAGCAAGAUCGGCGGGGACCAGGGCUGGUGGAAAGGAGAAGCCAAUGGACGAAUUGGAUGGUUUCCCUCAACAUACGUGGAUGAAGAAGGAGUGCAGUAAGGCUUGGAUGUUCGCUGGCGUGGCUCCCUUUAAAUCAGGAACCAUCUUCUAUCUACUGUUCUCAGAGAAAAUUACUCACUCUCUUUCUCCAGGAAAAUAACACAAGGAAAAAAACAGAACUUUUUUUGUUGUUGUUUUUGCUGGAUACUCAUUUUUCAGAGAGUGUUUCUACCCCGUUUCUCUAUCUUCAAUUAUGCAUCAGCUUUGCUUUUGUUUGUAUUUUAUUUUUAGCAGGAUGUCCUGUUUAAUUUCUGUACAGGAAAGAUGAAAAAAUGGCUUGUUGUCUGUCAGCCUCUGUGUGCUCUGUAGAGGCUUUACUGAACUGAGGACACAGCAGAAACAGACUGUGGAUAGCUUUACUUUGAAAAAAGCUCCCCUUUGUUGCAGGUCUAUGCGAGUUGAAAUAAUUGUAAAGUAUAGAUAAUUUAUUGAAUAGAGAUUAUUAUCAUUACUAAUGAUUAUUGUGGGGGAGUUGAUUUUAGCAGCAGCAAUGAAUCAGAUGAGAAAAACUAAAAAAGAAAAAAAAAAGAAAAAGACAGAUGCUGUGUUUUCAUGUUGAGAGAUUUUGCCUUAGUUGUCAUGGUGAUGCCUUGUGGGCUGACACCAGUGGAGGGAAUCGACUUUGUUGACUGGUUUUACUUCUCCAUGUAUGCAUGUGCCCAUGUGCGGCCCACACAAACACACACACACACACACCCACAGACCAAUGUACAGUACGGUGCCUUUGAAGAAUGGUCGUUGCUUACUGAACCUCAACAGUAAAGAACAUUGCCAUCCCAAAAAAGACACAUGAAGUCCACAGGGGACUGUGCUGAAGGAGGGGAGAGGCACUUAUACUAAAUACUGGAGACAGCUCGCCUUCUGAGCCCUCCAAAACAACAUGGUGAAGCAUUUAACUUAUCCUAACAGGUGACUGGACGGACUCACAGAGACAGCCGGAGGGUUUUUAAAGCCAACAACAAUCACAUACACUGUCCACAUCAGUCUUGGCGUCACGAGUCAUUGGGUGCAAAUCAGCUGGAUGCAAAAGGGAAACAUCAAGACAUUCCACUGGACAACCACUUCACACUUUUAAAUCUUGUGUAUUUUUUUUUUUUUUUUUUUACACAGAAUCAAGAUUAUUUUUUAGGAUUUGAGAACUGGACAAUUUAUUAUUUGAAGCCAAAUUCAGCCAUGUUUUAAUGUCUGCAUGGAGUUUGUUCAAUUGUUAUUAUUUGUAUUUGUACUUUGCCUUAUUUUGACAGAUGAUCAGGUAAUGGGAUUUUUCCCCCCUUAAUGUUUAUCAUUUUCCAUGCGUGAAAUUUGGUGCAGUGCAGACUGGUGAAAAUUUAAACAGUGUCAGAAGAUUUCUUUAAUUCUGAAGGAAAUGUAUGUGCUAAUUAACAUGAAUCGACAGAAGGAGCCCUUAAUCAUUCUGUGAUUUUCUAGAGUUGUAGUGCUCAGUGUUUACAUUUACGUCCAGUAAUUUCCUAAUGCCUUAAAUAUGGAUUUACAGCCAUUUAGACAGCAGUGUGUUGGCACAGAGCUUUCAUCAGUUUUCUGUUGACCACAGAUGCACCAAACGACUUUUUAAUUCUAGUUAUAUAGAUAUUAUGAUGUUUACUGACCUUGUCAGCUCAGUCUACUUUGAAAGGAUAGUUCAAAUUGUGUUUACAUUCAAUUUGGUAUACAGUAUAUUGACUAACUCUGUUUAUAUAGCCGUUAACCUUCAUAUCUUCCACCUCCACAUGUUGAUAUGGCAUUGAUAUAUUGCUUGCUGCUUCCACUGAAACGUCUUUUCUUAGGUUUGAAAAUGUCACGGUACACAAGAAGAAAGAAAACAAGAAAUGUACUAGAAAUGGAAAUUAUGGAAAGCAGCUGUUUUUAUAGAUUGAAGACUGAAUUCAUGCUAAAAGCAAAAAAAAAACAAACGUCAUUAGAAGAAUUUGAACUCACUCUCAAAGCAUUCAUAUAGCCCACUGAGAAGUGAAGUGCAAACACUGAGCACGUCAGCUCUGGCUGGUUCACAAAGACUUAUGGAGCAGAAGAUGAUGAUAUGUUUAGUUUCUAAACUUUUGACUGUCUAUGAUGUGUGUUAUUGCAAAGGCUGACCGCCCCGAAAAACGCAAAGUCCUACCACUGUGUGAGGGGGACACACAGGAGGCCUCCAUGUUGUCUAGACUGAGGGGUGGGGGGGAUCUAGUCGCUGUUUAUGUAGUGGACAAAAUCCCAUUGCAUGUGGCUAUUGAUAUAACAACUCCUGUCAAUAUGUCCUCAAAAAAAUAAGUACUUAAUCGUGUACAUUUUUUUGAAUGGUUGAGUAUUUCCAAAUAAGGUCUAUCAUGAAAUAAAUAUUUCUCUCUUGGUUUAAAUUUCAGACUGAAUUGUUUUGUUGUAUUUUUAUUUUGUAAAGUGAGUUUUGGAUGUUCCACUGCCAAUAAUAAAAACACCUGAACUCCCUCUUAUAAAA